UGAGAAAGAGGGGAACUUUCCCACUGUGCGUGGGAUGAAUACGGAGACGUAUAUUUUGUUGACCUGCUAACUGUUUUUAUUUAGUUUUUCAAUUGACUUCGUGAUCAUUAUAAUUAAAUCCGGAGAUGACGAUGUUCUUAAUUUCAAGAAAUUGUAGGCUACAGUUUGGAUGUUAAAUGUAGUCUGCUGCAUCGUUCAGAUUGAAGAGGAUUAAUGAGAUAAAACCGGAUCCACUAUUCCAUUUCUCAAGGUGCAGCUUUGACCAAGAUGGCCGGAUCUGUCUGGCCCUGUAGAAUAAUCCUCCUGGCUGCAUCCUUCUUUGUAACUUUACACCUCUCCUCCACGCUUGAUCUGGAGGAUCCCAACGUCUGCAGCCAUUGGGAAAGCUACUCUGUGACGGUGCAGGAGUCCUACGCCCACCCCUACGACCAGGUGUAUUACACCAGCUGCUCAGACAUCCUCAACUGGUUCAAGUGCACCAGGCACAGGGUGAGCUACCGGAUAGCGUACCGGAGGGGGGAGAAGACAAUGCACCGGCGCAAGUCCCAGUGCUGUCCGGGCUUCAACGAAGACGGCGAGAAGUGUGUCCCCCGCUGUGCGGAGAAGUGUGUUCACGGCCGCUGUGUGGCCCCCAGCACCUGCCAGUGUGAGCCCGGCUGGGGGGGCCCGGACUGCUCCAGUGCCUGUGACAGCAGCCACUGGGGCCCCCACUGCAGCAGCCGCUGCCAGUGUCAGAACGCCGCGCUGUGCAACCCCAUCACCGGCGCCUGCAUCUGCCCGCCGGGCUACAGGGGCUGGCGCUGCGAGGCCCGCUGCGAGCCCGCCGCCUACGGAAACGGCUGUCAGCAGAGGUGCCUGUGCCAGAACGGAGCGGCCUGCCACCACGUCACCGGGGAGUGCACGUGCACGCCAGGAUACACCGGCGCUUUCUGUGAGGACCUGUGCCCGGCGGGGAAGCACGGCCAGCAGUGCGAGGAGCGAUGCCCCUGCCAGAACGGAGGGAUGUGCCACCACGUCACCGGAGAGUGCUCCUGCCCCGCGGGAUGGAUGGGCACGGUGUGCGGGCAACCCUGUCCGGAAGGCCGCUUCGGCCGCAACUGUUCCCAGGAGUGCCAGUGUCACAACGACGGCGUCUGCCUCUCGUCAACGGGCCAGUGUCUCUGUGGACCGGGGUACACCGGCGAACGGUGCCAGGAGGAGUGUCCGGUGGGGACGUACGGCGUGGGCUGCGCCGAGGCGUGCCGCUGUGCCAACGGCGCCCAGUGCUCCCACGUGAGCGGCGCGUGCACGUGCCAGCCGGGCUACACGGGGGACACCUGCGCGGUGCGGCUGUGCCCCGAGGGCCGCUACGGCCUCAGGUGCGACCGCCGGUGCCCCUGCCUGGCCCAGAACAUGCACAGCUGCCACCCCAUGUCCGGGGAGUGUAAGUGUAAGCCAGGCUGGUCGGGGCUGUACUGCAACGAGACCUGCACCCCGGGCUUCUACGGGGUGUCCUGCCAGCAGGUGUGCCAGUGUCAGAACGGCGCUGACUGCCAAAGCGUCACAGGGAAGUGUAUCUGUGCCCCAGGGUUCAAGGGAGCCAACUGUUCCACCUCUUGCCCCCUGGGAACACAUGGAGUGAACUGCUCCUCCAAAUGCAACUGCAAGAACGGGGGCCAAUGUUCAACGGUGGAUGGGGCCUGCUCCUGUAAAGCCGGUUGGUACGGAGUGGACUGUUCCAUCAGCUGUCCCAGUGGCACCUGGGGGAUCGGCUGCAACCUCACCUGCAAAUGUGGAAGCGGAGGCGCCUGCAACGCUUUGGACGGACGCUGCACGUGUUCCCCGGGCUGGAGAGGGGAGAAGUGCGACCUGUACUGCCAGGACGGCACCUACGGCAUGCAGUGCAGGGAGCGCUGUGACUGCAGCCACGCAGACGGCUGUCACCCCUCCACCGGCCACUGCCGCUGCCUGGCAGGGUGGACAGGUGUUCACUGUGACAGCGUAUGUCCCGAGGGCCGCUGGGGCCCGAACUGUUCCCUCCUGUGUAACUGUAAGAACGGGGCCUCCUGUUCCCCGGACGAGGGGACCUGUGAAUGCGCUCCAGGAUUCAGAGGGACCACCUGCCAGAGGAUCUGUUCCCCUGGUUACUACGGCCACCGCUGCAGCCAGGCCUGUCCUCAGUGUGUCCAUAGCAACGGCCCGUGUCAUCAUGUGGCCGGCCUCUGUGACUGUCUGCCCGGCUUCAAAGGAGCGCUGUGUAACGAAGUGUGUCCCAGCGGGCGCUACGGGAAGAGGUGUGCGUGGGGCUGUGGCUGCACCAACAACGGCACGUGCAACCCCAUCGACGGCUCCUGCCAGUGCUACCCCGGCUGGAUCGGAAGUGACUGCUCUCAGCCUUGUCCCCCGGGGCAGUGGGGGCCAAACUGUAUCCAUACGUGCAACUGUCACAACGGGGCCUACUGCAGCGCAUACGACGGGGAGUGCAAGUGUACUCCCGGCUGGACCGGCCUGUACUGCACACAACGCUGUCCGUUGGGAUUCUACGGCAAAGAGUGUUCUCAGCUCUGCCUGUGUAAGAACGGAGCCGACUGCGACCACAUCCGGGGACAGUGCACCUGUCGAACGGGCUUCAUGGGACACCACUGUGAACAGAAGUGCCCCCCUGGCUCCUACGGCUACGGCUGUCGCCAGGUGUGUGACUGUCUCCACAACUCCAGCUGUGACCACAUGACUGGAACGUGCUACUGCAACCCCGGCUGGAGGGGGGCCAGGUGUGACCAAGCCGGCCUGGUUGUCGUCGGCAACCUGAACAGCCUGACCAGCGCCGCCAUGCCCGUGGACACGUACCAGAUCGGAGCCAUCGCCGGGAUCAUCGUCCUGGUGCUGUUGGUGAUCUUCCUCCUGCUCCUCUUCAUCAUCUACAGAAAGAAGCUGAAGGGAAAAGAGUCCAGCAUGCCGGCAGUCACCUACACACCGGCCUUGCCCAUCUCUGCUGACUACGUCAUGGCCGACGCACAGCAAGCCGCGGCUCGUGAGGGACAUCCCAGCAACUACUUCUCCAACCCGAGCUACCAUACGCUCACUCAGUGUACCUUCCCCUCAAACAGCAGCCACCUCCCUCCUCCGUACGCAAAGGCCGAGAAUAGCCAGCUGUUUGUGACCUUGAAGGGUGCGGAACACAGAAAGAGGUCACCUUUAGCGGAACACACGGGCACCCUGCCCGCCGACUGGAAGCAGAGAGACUGCUUCAACGAGCUGGGAGCAUAUGGAAUUGACCGAAGAUAUGUCGGGAAAUCAUUACGAGAUCUGGUGAAGGGGGAGCCGUACCACGCCAGCUCCAGCUCGCUCAACAGCUCGGAGAACCCCUACGCCACCAUCAAGGACCCCCCGCUGCUGUGCCCCAAGAACAGCGAGUGCGGCUACGUGGAGAUGAAGUCCCCGGCCAGGCGUGACUCGCCUUACGCCGAGAUCAACUCCGGCCCCACCAACAGGAACGUGUACGAAGUCGAGCCCAGUGUAAGCACACUGUAUUCUACGGAGAACAGCAACGGCCAUGUUGUAUUUGGUCAGGACCCGUACGAUUUACCCAAAAACAGCCACAUUCCCUGUCACUACGACCUCCUGCCCGCCAGAGAGGCGGAAAGCCCUAACCCUCCCCCGAAGGAGCGGGACAGCAAAUGAUAUCACAGAAAGUAUGGAUGUGUUGUGCUGAAGCUUCCCUCUGCAAAUUUUCCACUUUGCAGCAACACCCUUUAAACUUGCCUCGUUCUUUCAUUACAGCAUUGGUGUGUGUGUAUGUGUGUGUGUGUGUGUGUGUGUGUGUGUGUGUGCGAUUAUGACUUUUGGUUUGAAAUGGACGUACCAUAUGAAUGUUGAAUGAGUUAAGUUUGAGUAUGCUGCUUAUAUAAUAUGAUUAAGAGAAAAUAAUGAAGAAAGGGCAGUACGCACAUCAUAUGUAACCAGUUUUUUACCAGUAUUAAGAUACAGCUUUAAAAACAAAAUUUGGAGCAAUUUCUUUGGUUAUAAUGGAUACACAUUAAAUUAUUUCAGUGUUUGAAUACAAUUAUAGUUAAAGCGGCAGUGUGUAAAAUAAGGGGAAUCUAGCGGAACGGACUUGGCAGAAAUGCAAUAUAAAAAUCCUAACUAUGUUCAAUUAGUGUAUAACCCAAUCAAAAUAAGAGUUGUGGUGUUUUUGUUACCUUAGACUGAGCCCUUAUAUCUACAUCCUACAGACUGCACCUUUAACCAAAUGUAGCAAUAUCAAUUAUAUUUGAGGAAUAACUUAAUUUUAAUAGUUUAAAAUAUUCCAUGUUUCAAAACUUAAAGAAUGAGAUUUAUGAUAGUGGUUAGACUUAAAUAUGCCAUGUGAAUGGUAAAUGCAUUUAAGUUUCAGAACUUCUUUGUAGUUAAGAACAUAAAAACAAUUUAACACUAUUAAAUAUUGUAAAACCAUCAUAAAAUAUAUAUCAGAAGUUAAAGACUAAGUGCCUUAAUGAUUCAAUUGUUUUAUUGCAUUGUAGCCAAUAUGGUUGCCGGUUAACUUACUUAUUUUUCAUAAUAUUUUUCAUAAUAAUUUAUGUUUUUAAAUGAAACAAGCCAUAGUAUGUUUUUCUUGUGCGUUCUAGUCCCUUAAUGCUAUGUACAAAUACAGCACUAAAGAAAACCCCACAUAAUAGUGCAGUAAAUAGUGAGGGAGGCAUUUUUGUUUAUGAUAAAACGCCAAAUAUUAGUGCAAAUAACUUUGCAUCACUGUAGAGUUGACACAGUUGCCAUUAAGGAUUUUAUUGUAUUUUUAAUUAAAUGUUGACUUUAUCCAUAGGUUUUGACAAAUGAAGGCAAUAAUACCACAUGCAUUUUUUCUUUUUUUAUAAUGCUUUACAGACAGUAAUACAUUGAAUUACAAAUAUUUAAAACAAUGAUUUAAAGUGUGCUUAAUGACACUGGUUAAAAAGUCACUAAUUUUGAUUGCACUGCCAUUUCAACAUAUCUGAUAAAUGUAUGCUUGAGCUGGACUUUGGCAUUCUGUAAAAUAGAAGUAGGAUAAUUGAAAAUUCCUCCAAAUGUUUUACACGCAUACUCCUUGUAGUUUAUGUGUAAUUAUGUUACAUGAAUUCUAUAUGUCUUUCAAAACAUUCUCAAUGGCUUAGAAUAGCAAGUAGCAUCAUUAGACAGCCCCAUUUGUUUUAAUUAAGGUGUUAAAUGUAAAUAAUGUAUAUAGGCACUUCCAAAUAUUGGAAUGGAUUUUGACAUUAAUGUAAAAAAAACAUCAUGCAGUGUCUUAUGUUAACUGAUGACAUAAACAAAUGUGUGGUUGUUGUACCGUUUGGGGAAAAGCAAGCCUUGUUAACAGGCAGAUGUAUACACAGUUCAACAGGUGAAAUGUGCACUGCUCUGCCUUUUCAUAGUUGCCUAUAAUUAGAACAGGUGGAAACAUCUAACAGUAGUUAGAACAGUACCCCUCCCCAUCAUUCUGAUUGUGAGUAGUACUUCUUGACUACUGUAUUAGGUCACAACCAUUAAAUUCUCUUCUGAUCCACUGGAACAUGGUUCUCUUCGGUUUCUGAAAACUAAUGGUUCAUGAGCUGAGUUGUAAAUAGUAGACAAACAUACAGAACUGCUGACGGUUCUUUUUUAGCUUUAUCUGCCUUGAAAUGAAUGGGAUGGGAUGAGUGGAUGUGCACUUAGAUUUGGUUUGUCUGCUCUCUCUGGUCUGAAGAAUAAACAGCGUAUAGAAUAUCAAUCACGUCAGCAAGCGACCCCUCAGUCCGCUGAGAAUCUUGGGAAAAGGCCAGAGAGGUCUAAUAGAUGUAAUGAGCUACACCUGUGUUCACCUCUACUAUUAGACCUCUGAUGAAGGCCUAGGCUAUGUUCAAAUUGGCUCACUUGUUCCCUAAUCCCUAUAUAGUGAACAUUACAUGCAACACUAUUUAGGGUAUAAUUGUUUAUUUGUACAUUAGUUGUAUAGCAUGGCCAAUGCUAUACAACACUGCAAUGUGCACUGUCAAUAUGUAGUGAGUAUGCAGGCUGCGAAAUCACCACAGUCCAUUCCAAUUGACGUUUCAUUUUCCUUAAUAGUAAAUCUCUCAAAUGACAUCUGUGUACAAUCAGCUGAAAUGGAAAUAACUGUUUCGUUCAGAUAGCGGGAAUCGUAUGUUUGUAUGUAUAUAUUAUGUUUAUAAACAAAGACGUUGUUCAUAAGGCGCAAUAACACCACUUUGCCUCUUUAUUCAAUUGGAUUUUAAGAUACUUUAAGAUACUUGUUUUGUAUCUAAUGUUUUACUCUGAUACUUAGAGUAACUAUUGAUUCACGGAUUCAAGGACUGAUAUACUACUUGUUAUGUAUUUGUAAGAAGAAUUAACAAGCACCACAAUCCAAUAUUUUCACGUUGGUUCUUGUUCUCCUCGUGUAAGGGGGAUUGCUUAUGGAUUACACAUCACAUUACUAGCAAUAAGGUUAAAGACAUGUAUAAUGCUAUAGCCACUACCACCACUUCUUUUAUCUAUGAUGCAUUUGCUUAUUUUGUAUUUUGUUUGUGUUUGUGUCAAUGCUUUCGAAUAAAAUUUCAUAAAGUGACA